AUUUCUUGGUGUUUAAUUUUGCAGGUCAAACUACUUACAUGUAUCGUUCUGACAACUUACAAAGCCGCAGCUAUGUGAAGACACACAGUAUCCCGGGAGUAUAGGAAUGUAUUUCAUGACAGGACCAUGUGGGAGAGUGGCCAGGGUAACCAAUGUGAAAUUACUUCUUCCCAAGUGGCACUCUUACAUCUGCAGGCAACAUCAGAGCUGUUGGACAAGUAUUGCACCACUUAAUGUUCAUAAGUCACAACUGGUAAUAAGUCAUGACACACCUAGAAUACAUGGGAUUCAAAGGCACCAUUUUUCUGAGAAUGUGAAAACUGCCAAGAAACUGGUGCCUGAGUACGAUAAAGACGGAGUCUCCAGAGACUGUGAGAUAAUCUACAGUCGCAAAAUCUUCUUGACUGGAGUUAAGAGAUACGCAUUUGUUAUUCUUGCAUCGGCAAUUGGCGUUACAUUUUUUACAGUUCUGAGCUAUUUUUUCGGAGAGCCGAGCCUAAUAACAGUGCCUGUAAUAAAUACAGAAAUUACUGACAUUGUCCUAGGAUAUUGGGUUGUGCUCCUUUUUGCUACCUUCAAAGUGGUGUCCGUUCUGCUGAAGCAGGACAGGCUUUCUGUCGUAAGGAUAUACAAGAUGCCAGUGGCUGACCGUUACAUAGCUGUACUCAAGGAAGGCAUCUCCUCACAGAAAAAUGUGGAGUUUAGUGUAAAAGAUUUGGAACCAACUAACAUUGGUAGAAAAAUUAUUAAUGGAAAUGCAAAAAUUCACGAUCGGCUGGUGGCCUUGUAUUUAGAUGAUUUUGUUAAUGACUCCUAUUACAAUAUGUUUUUCAAGUUUGAAGAUAAGCCAGUUGUUGCUGACUCUAAGAAGAUUCCAUCAGAGGUGAUAAAAGGUGUUGCCAAGGAAAUCAGGGAAAAUGAUAAAUUGACCACUAAAUAAUAAUGUACAAUUUUACAAAUAAAUCAUUUUUAGCUCGACUAUUAUAUAUGAAAUAUAUAUAGUAGAGCUAUCCUACUCACGUCGGCGUUAGCAUUAGUGUUAGCGUUAGUUUGCAAAUGUUAAAGUUUUUGUACUACCCCAAUUAUUUUCAUUGUCCCUUGACAUAUUGCUUUCAUAUUUUGCAUGCUUGUUUACCAACAUGACCCCAACCUAUAAACAAAAGCAGACAACUCUA